AGAUUGUGUGUGUGCCCAAGAAAAAGAAAGAGACAAGACAGGCAAUACAACUCACGUCUGGUAAAAGCACACUAUACAUUUGCGGCACCGCUGGCACCGCUUCAAAAAGCGAUACAACGUCCAAUUAACUGCCUGCAUCACUUUCACGUGGCACGAUCACGUGCCUGCGGCCUUAUACUUAAACCAGAGGUGAGACAAAGAUACUGCCACACAAAGUCAAGCCGCUUCCACGCUCGACAUGGCCGAGGGAGGACAAACUGCCGAGACCGAUACGCCCCUGCAAUCAACGCCCAUCAUCGGUAGACAGCGCGGCGGCCGGCAGACGCAACGCUCGUGCUCCGACAGCUUCUGGGCGAGCCCCGUGUUCCACGUGCAGGUGCGCAACGCGUACGGCGCGCCGGCUGACGACGACGAAGAGGAUGCUGUCCCGCUCUCGCCGAUCCUGGCGGCCAACGUGACGACGAGCAGCGGACCCAUCUGCCGCAUCUGCCACGAGGGCGACCACGGGCUACCGUUGCUCUCGAUCUGCCGGUGUUCGGGCACCAUGGGGCUGGUGCACCUGCUGUGCCUCGAGCACUGGCUUAGCGCCAGCGGUAGCGAGGCCUGCGAGAUCUGCCACUACCGCUUCAACGUAGAGCGCCGACCCCGGAGCUUCUGCGAGUGGGUGCACAGCGCCAGCGUGCGCCGCGGCUUCUUCGGGGACCUGCUGUGCUUCGGCCUGCUCUCGCCACUGGCCUUCCUCUGCGGCGUGCUCUGCCUGCACGGCGCCGCCCAGCAGGUACUUCAACGACGGUUCUGGGAGUCCAUCGGCCUCGCCUCGCUUGCCUUCAUGCUCUUCACCGUGUACAGCGCGUGGACCGUGCUCACUUUCCGCUACCACUACCGCGGCUGGUGUAAGUGGCGCUUGGCCAAUCCUUACGUCAAGGUGGUCGACCCGCCGCGUAAUCCGCACCUGGCUGUCGAACCUGACUGCAAGUGGCCGCAGGACCGCGGUCGCAACGCCACCAUCCCCGUCACCCUCGUGUUGCCGCAGACCGGCACGGGCAGCUUGGCCUCGGCAUCGGGUCUCGAUUCGUCGUUCGAGAUCUGCUCUCCAAACACCGUGGCUUCCGGCAGCACUGUGUGGGAGUACCGCACGACACGCCUUUGAGACGAGUGCUGCGCACUUUUAAUGUAAAUUUUAUUAUUUUUAUUUUCAUCACUCAGUUGUGUGCUUUUAUUCUUGUCACAUGGUGCCUGAACAUCACAUAUAUGGAAAAGCGUGUGUGUGUGUUCUAUGCAAUAAAUCAAUGCGCCGUGAAGUAAUCUCGUUUUCGGGGCGGCUCAUUCAUAUUGAAGCAAGGCCAACCACUCGGUAUAUUCUCCAAGGUCGGCAUUUUCUAAUCCCGCUUCAUUUUCCCUUUUUCCUUUCGCCCCACCCCCGUUAUUCACUCGUACGGGGCGCGGACACCGUCGUUAUUGCUGGGAUGAAUGACAACAUGGAAGGUUUCAAGUUACAGCCCCUAGGGCCAUGUUUUCCAACUGUCCUUGGUUUUUUUUUCC